CUGGCUGGGCUCUCGGAACGGAAACAUUAACCGACAAGAUGAUGUCGCAGAUCGUGGUAUUUUUGCUUGCCGUUUUGGCAACACUGACUAACGGAGACGGGGGCUACGGACCCCCACCACCACCCCCUUGCUAUCCGAAGACAGAGUACGUCACCCAAUACCAAACUCAAUACCAGCAGGUACCAGUCUACUCCACGGUCUACAAACAGCAAAUCGUCCCCACCACGAUCUACCAAACCCAAUACCAAACGAAGUACCAAACCCAGUACCAGACUCAGUACGUACCCCAGUACGUCACAACCACCGUCUACCAGACGAAAGUCCAAUAUAAAACUCAGUACCAGACCCAGUACCAAACGCAAUACCAGACGCAAUACGUGACCCAGACCCAGUUCGUGCCUAAAUACAUCACGCAGACCCAGUACCAGACCCAGUACCUGACGCAGACCCAGUACCAGACCCAGUACAAGACGGAAUUUAGGCCCCAGUACAUCACCCAGACCCAGGUACAGUACCAGACCGUCUACAAGACCCAAACUGUGCCCCAGUACAUAACGGUCACGAAGACCGAGCAGAGUUAUAUGACAGUUUGUCCACAACCUUCCUAUGGCGGUUACGGAAAAUAAAAAUGUAUUUGUCAGAAUAGAAUGAUCUGUGAAAUUAUUAGUCAGUUUUAUUGCCAUAUCAGCAUUUCACUGUUUAUACUGGAGAGGGUUUACUGAAGAUGUUCUUGUACUGAACGAGGGAAAAUUAUACAUUCGAGAAAGAAAAA